GUCUAUGGUUACUUGUUUUAAGUUCAUGUGUGUGGUAGACGUGCACGAGUGUGUGCAUGCGUGUCCUGGCUCGUGUCUCGUACCGUUUCGAACCUCAAAACUUGUUCGUUUUUUACCGGAAAAAUUUCGAACAGUUAGUGAGUGAGUACAUUCUCGACUACGUUUACCGGGAUAUUAUAGAACAAUGACGAUGAUCGACCGCGGAGUAUGCCUCGCGUUUGUUCUGUCGGUCAGUCUGUCGAUGCUAUUGGGCCACGUAGCCGGCGCCAAGGUGCUGCAGAUUCGUGGCAUACCUACAGCGAAGAAUCCUUUGUAUUCGCCGGAUCAGGACUUCCAGUGUCUGGACGGUAGCCUGUUGAUACCUUUCUCGCGGGUCAACGAUGAUUAUUGCGAUUGUGCCGACGGCAGCGACGAGCCGGGUACAUCCGCCUGCACCAAUGGUUCCUUUUACUGCGAGAAUUCCGGACACAAGGCCCGUUACAUACCUUCCACUUGGGUGAACGACGGCAUAUGCGACUGUUGCGAUGCCACCGACGAAUACGGUUCAGGUAAGGAGUGCGCAAAUAAUUGUAAUGAACUUGGUAGGGAAGCUAGGCUUGAACAACAGAAGACAGAGGAAUUGGUCAGAGAAGGGAACAAAAUAAGGACAGAGAUGAUCUCGAAGGGCAAGCAACUGAAGAAUGAUUAUCAAAGUAGUCUGGUAAAGCUCAGGGUUGACUAUUCAGAAGCAGUGCUCGUUAAAAAAGAAAAGGAGGUUUUGAAGAAUCAAGCAGAGGAACGAGAAACUGCUGCACUGGAGAAAUAUAAAUCAGCUGAACCAGAGCAACCUGCUACAGAAGAAGGAGAAGAGGAGAAAGAAAUACAAGAGUCAGAGAUUGAGGACUACUUUAAAAUGUUGGAUUCAGAUGGAAGUGGUACUAUAACCAUAAUGGAGUUGAAAACCAGAGUAACAUUCGACAAAGAUAGGGAUGGUGUUGUGUCAGAUGAAGAGGCACUGUAUUUCUUAAACAACCAGGAGGAAGUCAAUCUUCAAGAGUUCAUGGAUUCAGCCUGGUCAUACAUUAAGCCCUUCUUAAUGUUAGAACAAGGUGUGUUCAAACCAGAUGAUCAGAAAGAGGAAGAAGGAGAGAGCCACGAACAGGAAGGGGAAGAUCAUGAACAAGGAGAAGAACUGUGGGAACAAGGUAAAGAAGAGGAUGAUAAUAGCGAGGGAGAAGAGGCAGCAGCUGGUCAUCAAGAAAAGGUUGAAGAAUCUGGAAUUCAAUACGACGAAGAGACUCAAGCCCUCAUCGACGAAGCCACGACCGCCCGAGAGAAUUUUCAGACCGCAGAGAAAUCUGUGAGUGAUUUACAGACAGCAAUUAGGAAGCUCGAGGAGAAAUUGGAUCGCGAUUAUGGCGCAGAUCAAGAAUUCGCGCCUUUGGAUGGAGAAUGUUUCGAGUACACAGACUUGGAGUAUAUCUACACCCUAUGCAUGUUCGGAAGAGCGACGCAGAGGUCUAAAUCUGGCGGUAGCGAUAUAAUUCUGGGUCACUGGAAUGAGUGGGCGGGAACCGAUGGCCAAAAGUACUCGAAAAUGAAGUACGACAGGGGUCUCACUUGCUGGAAUGGUCCAGCGCGUUCCACAAUGGUCAGUCUCAGUUGUGGUAAGGAAAACAAACUCAUCUCAGUAACAGAACCAAUGCGUUGUGAGUACCUCAUGGAAUUCUCUACCCCGGCUCUGUGUAAUCCUAACUUGGAGAGCUCCGAUACACACGAUGAAUUGUAAAUUUCGUGUCACAAUAGACCUGUGCGAACAAACACAACAUAGACGAAACACUGUGCAACUCCGAGACGUAAAGCGUAACCAAUGCAAGGAUAAAUAGUGGCCACGUCAAACAAUCCGGUAUUAGUCCUGUUUCCUACUAUUCUGUUUGAACGUUCACACGAAAGUAUUUCAACGCUUGUAAUCAAUGAAGCAAACGAGUUGAUCCGAGAACAUGAUACUUCGUUAGUCUUUUCAGUUAGACAAUGUACACUCUAAGUAACAGGAUUCAAUAGAGCUCUGUGUAAUUUUUCUCAAAGCUACUUAAGUUUGGCUGGUAUAAGCCAGAUGCUUGUAUUUUUAGUUGUAACAGUCUCUCUGGAUCACCAGUCUAAUUUCUGUAUUCUCUUCGUUGUUUGUAUUUGCAAGUGUUCAGAUACUUUCUGGUCGCCGUUGCAUUUAAACGAAUGAUAAACUUGUUCGAUUCCUAACUGAGCAUUGUAAGAACGUACAAGCGUUUAAUUUAACGAGUUUCUACGAUCGUGAUUAGCACAAUGUUUUUUACCGUCACCGAUAAGCACAGCCGAUAAACGUCGCUGCGAGCCUAGUCAUCCCUUGCGCCUUACGUAACUACAGAGUUCCAUCGUGUCUGCGAACUGUUUAUUCGUGUUCGCACCUCAGAAAUUCCUGAUCGCGUUGCCCGAAUAAACAAGCGGCCGAAAGUCGUCGGAAUCCGCGGAAUCUACCGGCAACAACGCGUUAACACUUUGCGGUCCGCCGACGGUUCUGUGCUGUCACAAUUGCAAUCGGUCAAACAAGUAUUUUUACACUUGGGUUUUUCGUAAGAACUUAAGAUAGCAAACGGUAACGUGCCGGUACAGUCUAGAUGAUUUUAAGUCAUUAUAAUUUGUCAUUAAAAAAUUAUGCAGUAGAAGGAAAAUGGUAUUGUUAAGAAAAAAAGUAUUUAAACAAACAUACAUGUUUUUGCCGUUACUCAAUAGUUUUUAGAUAUACUUUUUAUGGUUCGACCAUUAACAUUCUAAAUAAUGACGCAAUACCAAUGAGUCAAGUUUUUUAGAACCUAUAAAUAGCUUUUUUAUUAUUUUUCUAUAACAUGUCGCUACUGUAAUAAGUUACUAUGCCGACCAUCAGAGUUUAAAUCCCUUCAUCAUGAAACUACCGCAUUAUUUUCAGAUGACAAAUUACUAACGUUUCCAAACGGGCACUUUAUUUUCAAUAAAUAAUGUACUAAAAGAAAUCUAGACCGUAUCGGUGUGCUAUUUAUUUGCGGAUAAAGUUAUCGCGAUGAAACCGAGUGUAUCAAUAUUUACCUUUUUGACCUAUUCUAUCCCGUCGUUGCGGUCUCUUGACGACAUAACACUGUCGUUAUUUCAAUAUUGUGAUCUGUUGAGAGCUGCCACGCAGUUGCAAUCGAAAGUACUUUUUAUCUUAUCGAAAAAUCUCAAAAAAAAAGAACACGAUGUCGGUUGGCGGUAAUUUUUCGUAGCUUACGCUCAUAUCACUAUUUCUGUAGAGGAAUGAAGCACCUCCGAAAUUGAAAUGUACCAAACUAAAAUGGCGUCGGGGUUCCAGAGCGAACCGUAAAGUGUUAAUUGCCGUUAGUGAAGUUUGUUAUAAAAUCGAUCUAAAUAUAUCCGCGGUGCGCGAACGAGAAUCAUCGUUAAACGCGGUUAUUGCCAAUCUAUUGUGUCACCGUCACAUACAUUCCUGCUCUUUUUCUACGAGAAAUUUUUUACUACAUGAUUCGGCCGAUGUUGCGUGCUGACCACACACACACACACACACACAUACAUACACAUACACACGUGUAAACACGCAUACAUAUACGUUAACUAAAAAACAAAAAGGAGACGCGAACUCGCGACCGAAUCUCUGCGAAGGUCGAGCAUUUUUUUCGU